UACUCUUGGCGUCAGCUUCUCUUGCAGAGAGGAGGAUGGUAUGAGCAAAAUUUGAAUCUGUAUUCGUGCUGUCUGAUUCACAGAGUGAAUCAGAUCUGCCUCCUGAUGAAGGGGAGAAAUGGGGCCUGAUGGAUUAUCUCAAGUUUCUGUCCCCACACAGAAUGAAGGCUGUCGUAUGGAAGGAUUUCUUAUGGAUGUGGAGGAACGUUCCUAUAAUGCUGUUCAUCAUUGGACUGCCAGUGGUGCAAAUAAUUCUGUUCUGCUGGACAAUUGGUCGAGAUCCUAAGGGCCUUCAUCUGGCUUAUGUGAACGAUGAGCUGAACUUCACGACAGCCUGCAUGCCUAUGGACGGAUGCAACUACAGUCUUCUGAGCUGUCAAUACCUGGAUUCUAUAAUGUCAAGGGAAAUAAUUUUGGUGAGCGUUGAUAUAGAAGAACUAACUAACUAGAUGGCUUACCGAACC